AUGAAUGAGCCUGCCGACCAUACUCAUAGGUUGAGGUUGUGUGGAACACCCGUCUCCGGCAGCCAUUGUCCUCCGGCGAGGAAAACUCCAGGGGUGUACCUGGAGGCCUCAGCCGUGUUGAGAACCUUGAAAUGGGAGAACUGUCUAUCCCUGCGGCGAGUGAGUGAGCCAGGCCCUCUGUUGGCGUAUUCCAACACCUGGCAGGUCUUGUGGUUGCUGGCCCCAUCCCAAAGCUUCCACCCCUCUGGCCGGAUGAGGUCGCCCAGGUCGCUCUGCAUGAUCACGGUGAGCGACUCCUCCGUCCACGGCCUCCCUAGGUACCCCGUUGCUCCCCUUGCGUAUCUCCCUCCCGUCGGCCGUCACCGUGUUGAACUGCCCAGGCAUCGGCCUCCUCACAAUAAUCUCGCUGUCCUGGAUCACCGCCUCUCCCUUUCCGAAAAUGAAGUCCACGGUCCCGUAUAUCCUGCAGUUGCGGUAGAACUGCCUGUACGACUGGUAAUAGAGUGUGUCCUGGUUCCCCUCGAAGCUGCAGUCGAAUAUGGCCGCCUUGUCCCCCAACGACCUGAACGCCACCGCCUGGUGCCCUUCCGGCCCCGCCAUGUUUUUGAACGUCAUCGCUCUCGCCACAAACCCGGGGGCCUCGUUCGCAAACGUGGCCGUGUGCAUCGUCUUAGUCCCCUGCUUCCCGUAGUUCUUGCUUCCCGUCACUAUCGUUCGGUCUAUGCCGUCCCCGUACAUAUACAAGUUCACCUUACUUUUGUCCACUAUAACCUGCUCGUUGUAGAUCCCGGCCUUCACAUAGAUCACGAACCGCCCUUGGUGUUUCGCGCCGGGGUGGGCCGCCACCGCCUGCCCGAUCGUCUUGAACUGCCCGCUCCCAUCCUUGGCCACAACAACAUUGGGCCGCGGCGCGCCACUGUUUCUAGCCAGAAGCUUGCGAUCGGCUGCCGAAAACCACUUGGGGUACCCGUCGGAGGCGAGCAGCCGACGACGUUUAGGCUGAACGUUGAAGAGUGUUAG